UUGUGGUAUCUAAGUGUAAAUGUAGUAAUGUAGUAUAAUAUGUCCAUUUAUAGGUCGGUUAAUCAGCUGCCGUACAGUUCCUGCGAAUGAAGCUGAUAAGAUCAGACUGGCUUCAACAAUUAUCGGUACUUUAUCAUAGUUAAUUUCGUGUGGUAUUUAGUAGUCAGCGAACAUGGAGGACAAACAACCAUCCGGCAAAUCUUUCCGAUUUGUGGCGCCUUUAAUGAAGUUUUGUACAAUUUUUGGAAUGUGUCCGCCGGUGUUUCCUAGAAACAGUGAUCAGCCAUUAUCGUUUUUAUGGUACAAAAUGUAUAGUUGCUUUAUAGGAAUAAGCUCAGUUGCCGUUACAAUAUUUGUGAUGUAUAAAAAAGAAAACACAUCAGGACCCAUAGCUUCGGUACAUGCGGCAAAUACGUUCGCUCAUUGUGCUCUAACUCUCACCUGCUUGGUCAUGCUAGUGAGCUUGGUGUAUGGAAAGUCUAAAGGUUCUGCGUUAAAGAAAAUGUUCGAAGCCAUGGAUGACAUAGACGAGAAAUUGAAGUUCGAUAGUUUUUCGAUCAGGAAGCAAAUGUAUAUAGGUGUGACAAUUUACAUAGUGCUCAUUGUGGUUUAUGUUGUAUACGACGCAGUGACUUGGACGCUUCUGCUAGGCAUAAGUUGGUACAUACUCUACAUGCCCAAAACCAUUCAAAUUUGUCAAUUUUCCUUGGGAAUGCUACUGCCAAUGGCAUUGCUCAGCCUAAUUUACUUGAGGAUUAAAGGUUUUAACAAAGCAUUGCGCCAUUAUUCAAAAGUCAAUUUUUCACAGAUCUCGUGUUACAGCUUGAAUGAACAGCGGCAGUUUUUUUUUAAAGAAAUGUGUCAUAUGCAUACAGAUCUUUUUCAAAUGGUGAAGAGCUUUAACCGAAUAUUCGGAAUUGUUCUACUUUUUGGUACGUUGAUGGCCAUAGGUUUGAUUCUACAUUACAUCGUGAUUCUGCUAGUAUAUUUCGAAUUUAAUACUGAAUUAAAAGGCCAGUCUAACCACUAUGUCCUAGCCCAAUGUAUCACUGGCAUAUUAAUACCUGCGCUUCAGGUAUUGGCCUUAGCCAACGUAGGAGAUAGAGUGUCAUUUGAAGCCGGAAAAACUUCUAAUAUAACUAUGGUUUUGCUGAAUAAAUUUCCAUCUCACGGAACAACGGAAGUGGAAAAAGCCAUUUAUGUAGAACUAAAAACUUUAGUAAUGCAAUGCUCUUUCAGAAAUAUCCAGAUAACUGCCAAAAGGUUCUUUUCUGUAAAUCAUACCCUACUAGGCGUUCUACUCUCUUCAAUGGUUUCAUAUAUAAUUAUUAUAGUACAAUUUCUCAGCAUGAACAAUGAACAAUAAUAGCAUUUUUUUAGUUCCACUAAAAUGUUUUUAAAUCACUAAAGCGAUAUACCACAGUCAACCGUCCAUACCAACACAUUUUCAGGGCUUUUCGUCAGAUCUAAGUAGAUUAUUUCCCGAGAACUGAACGUGAGUAACGUGUUAAUUAGCGAGAUAAUUAUGCGACGACGCUAAUCCAAGAGAUAAAUAAAAUAUAAUAACAUUUUA